ACUGGUAAUACCGCCCAAAUAUCUCUGUGCGAAUAAAAGCAACAACAGCAAACAAAACAAAAAUAUUUCACCAUUUCGAUUAGUAAUUUUGCAUUGUGCGCUAGCGUUGAAGAAUUUUACGUGUCAAUAUUAAGAAAAACUGGUUGCUUACAAUUAGCAAAAAGUGCGAAGAAAACAUUUAAGUAUUCAAUAUGAGCAAAAAGGUUGACUUCCCGGAAUUGCGAGCACAAUUAGAAGCUCUAAACAACAAAGAACUGCACCACAAAUGCGUCGAACAUGGCAUGAAUGUGCCAGUAGCCGACUCAACUCGCGAUGUCAUCAUUCGCAAAUUAAUCAAGACGAUAACCGGUGGGGCGACGGUUGUUUCUCCCAAGGCCAACAAGAAACAAACUUCCACACCAAAUGAUCGGCGUAAGACUGUAAAUGUAACUGUGCACGUUUCGAGCGAUGAGGAAGAGGCGGGGCGGCAAAAGCAACCACCCGCCACAAAAAAUAGGACACGCACACAAUCACCUAAAGGACACAAUGUGACCUUUGAUACAACUGUAGACAACCAUCGCCAUACUUUUGCUGCGCCCGCACCAGCCCCAAAACAGCAAAAAUCACCUGCGGUUGAUGUCAAUACUAAUGUUGGAGUGGGGCUUGGCAGCAAAGCACGUAUUGUGCCCAUUGAAGUGGACUUGUUUAAUACUACUGACCAUGAUGAUUACAACAUUGAAGUAAGUCGGCCUAGUUUGAAUAGGGCACCAAACAACGACAUUAACUUCAACAAAGGAAGGAACUUUACUGAAGGAUAUAACACCACUCAUCCGAACCAAAAUUAUGACAGCGGUUAUAAGGGAUCAUCACCUAAUUUAAGUUAUAGCCAGCCUCGAACUCUGAAUAGUACAUAUCAACAGGAUCUGCGAGAACCUCUUAUUAGCAACUAUAACUUUGCUUCACCCAAUUUGGGAUUCAGCCAAACGCGUACUCUUAACACCACUUUUCAGCAGGACGCCAACUCGUCGUCAAGACAAGGAUUUAUUGCAUCGCCCCAAGGACAUGAAAAUACUGGAUCACUUGGUUUCUAUACAGCUGGUUCCCCAUCGAACUCUUUUAAUAUUGAGAACAUGGCCAGCCACUCAUCCACUCUUGGUGGAACAUCUCCAAGUGCAAAGGAACCACUUUUCAAGCGUCCAACAGCACUUUCUAAAACCAACGUGACUUCGUCUUCUUAUAAUCAGGCUGAUGCACAACGUUUGUACCCACGAUUACCUACAGAUUUAGUUACCCCACCAACGUACACGUCUUCGCCUCCCUCUACACCGGAUUCUCAACAGUCUACACGUUCUGGGCGUGAGCCUUCGCUAACUAAAUCCGGUGUAAUGACCACUUCAUAUUAUCAGGAAAUUGCACCCGUAAAAGAGGUGAAACACUUUGAAGUAGAGAGUGGCGAUGAACCAGCUGACGUUGGUGCACGUGACUACAGUCGCAGCAAUACAGCUGCCAGUCCAAAUUACAACCGAUCAAGCUAUCUUGCAGGCAUUCAGCGUGGCACAGAGGCACAUAUGCCAUUUGAAUCAAAUCUACAGUCUACUUUACGCGAUUCAAUAUACACUACACCGCGUUACGCUAGCAGUCCGAUUACUAAGGAAACAUAUAUACCUAGUACCGCGUCACCAAAAGCACCACUAUCACCAACACUAAAUCGCUACUCUACUACAACACGCGCCAACACCAGCUACACGCGCAGCAUAGAUGAGCCUGAUAGCGGCUCCGAAGGCGAACAACUCUCUGGUGAUGAAAUAUAUGUGCAGGACAGUGAUGACGAGGAGGAAUACUUGGCAGAUACUAAGAAAAUUUACAGCAGCUAUGGCAGUAAUAAAAUACAGGAACGUGUGCCAUAUCGACGCAGUAAUACGGCGAGAUUGAACGCCUCGCCAACGGCACUAUACAAUCAAUCGGUAGCCGGACGGAGCUCGUUUAAUCCAGACGACGAUGAUGACGACAUUAAUGCAUCGCUGAAGAACUUUCUUACAACAUUAGAUCGAAAAUAUCAUAUUAAGCAAAUGAUGUAUAUGUUCGCCAUCUUCGCAGCAGCAGUUUUCAUUUAUGUUGUCUUCUUCGAGAAGACACCAAUCGAUGAUGACGAUGUGGUGCAGGCCACCAAAAUGAGAGCUUGAUGUGCACCACAUGCGAGAAGUGCUAGUGUGGGGUUACGGUAGAAGCAGAUGAAUAAGCUACACUAAAACAAGUGCUUAAAAGAGGAAAACGGUAUCUGUAGUUAGGAAAGUAUGUAUGUAUUCGUUAAAAACUUAAAGGAAAUGAACAAAAUUUAUUUAAAAUCAGCAUUAUUUAAUAUUAUAUGAACAAUGGACUACACCUUUUUUUUUGGUAAUGUGUUUUUUUUCGUUAUUUAGCAGCAUUAAAAGCUCAAUAUGUUUAUUAUAAUAAUAACUUAGUAAAAAAAAUAAUAAUUUGUAAAUCUUGUAUUUAGGCAUUUAUUGCAUAAAUAACAGCAGCCAUUCAAUUGGUGCAGGUUGCCUUUUUUCGUUACUAUACGCAUUUAACUAUAUAUAACAGUAAAUUUAUGUAUUCAUGUAUCGUUCACUUGUAUUGUACGCUCUAUUUUUUGACGUUCAAAGUAAUAAAGCGCUAAAACGCAUACCACAGAGCAAACCCAAAUAUA